AUGGAAUAUUAAUGCGAAAAAAAAAUAGCAAUAUUUGAAAGUCAUAUGAAUACUAUUAAUUAAUUAUCUUUUUCACUUGAUGGUAAAUGUUUGGCUUCUGCAAGUAAUGAUUAAUAAAUUAAAUUAUGGAAAAUUGAACUCAGUGAAUAAUAAAAAAUAUCAAAAGGACAUUAAAAAUGUGUAAGUUAAGUUGCUUUCUCUAAAGAUGGUCUGAUUUUUGCAUCAGGUAGUUAUGAUAAAUCAAUAAUUUUAUGGGAUUUAAUAGAUAAGAACUUAAUCAUUAUGUUACAAGAACAUACUUCAUUUGUAAAAUAUUUAUCGUUCUCUUUUUGUUCUAAAUGGUUGGCAUCAGGAGGUUGUGAUGCUUCAAUUUGUUUAUGGGAUGUUAAAUUUCCACACGAAGCAACUCUAUUCUAUAAAAUAUAGGAGAUAUAUUUAAUUCCAGAUGAAUUAUAAUUUAGUCCAUAAGGAUGUUUUACUACUAUUUCAAAUGAUGAUAGAGAAUAAAAUAAAAAUUAAAAUGAUGAAGAAAAAAAAUUAUAAGUUACUAAAAUUUAAGUUUGA